AUGGCUUCUUCCAACUCGACGGCGCUCACGAAGCGCAGCGCUGCUAGUGCACUCAUGCCGCCCCCUCCAGCACCAAAACGAAUAAAGCGACCUUCUGUGGUCCUUGACGAAGACACAUAUGUCUCGGCAAUAUCACACAUCAUUCGCCGCGACUUCUUUCCAGGACUGGCCGAAUCAGAUGCGCAGCGCGAAUACCUCAAUGCGCUCGAGAGCAAGGACAAGUCGUGGAUUCGCGAAUCAGGGAAGAAGCUCGCUCAGGCCAUGACUCCUGUGCCACAUGGCCAACGGCGAGUAGCGGGAAGGACGAGAUUCGACAGAUCAGGCCUGAGUUCGACAGACAAGACUCCAAGCGUAUGGGGGGCCGACACGCCCGUCACCGUUGCCGGCACCGAAGCAGAAUUAGACGAAGACGGGCUAGGAAAGCUGGACAAAGUCGACUUGGACAUGUCCCUCAAUGCCUUCCAAGCAAAAUACACCUCGGAAGACCAGGAAAGCUUCAGCGCUAUAAUCGACAAGCAGAACUUGAAGAAGUUUGAGAAGAAUACCUGGCUCCACGACGGCAACCGCUACGCCUCCAAGCAACGCAUCGCCCAGCAGAAGGUUAUCGAAGCCCGAGUGCCAGACUCGCAGGCCCUAACGGUUCGUCCGAGCCAGAACCUCGAUGACCGUCCUGCCGCACCCACAAUGCACAAACACACCGCCUUCAACACGCUCAUGUUCGCGCCUGAUUCCGUCGAAUCUUGGGCCCCGACAAACCGUGUGCGCGCCGAAACCGCAUCCCUCGCCCCUCCCAAACAAACACGUUACGCAAACACACGCCUUCCCACCGAAACCGAGGUCCCACAGCGGCCAACAAGUCCAACACUCUCUGCGAUCCGUGACGCUGUGUCAGGGAGACCAAGGCUAGGUGCGAGUGAAGGCGGAUAUACAGGUAGCGAGACACCAAGGGUGAAUGGAUACGCAUUUGUCGACGCCCGCCCCCCAGAUCCUGACAGCGAGGAGGAGGAUGCGCCCGAAGAUCUGCUAGAGCGAUUUGGCGUCAGCAGCACGAGCUCAGCAACCCGAUUCACCAUCUCCGAUGCCUCUGAGCGCGAGAAGAUGGCGCACAAAAUGGUCGACGCCAUCGGUGUCAAGCGCGCCGCAGGCUCAAACAGCAGACCAGGCCCCGCAGGAAAGGGACUCGGCAUCUUCACCAGCGAGACACCGCGAUUCAUGAGCGCGCCUACACCCGCAACGCGCCUCGCUGCGCGGACGCCUGGGCGGAAGGAGAAAGGCGAUCUCACGCCUGCGGCGCAGAGGCUCUUCGAGAGGAUGGGCAAGACGCCGCGAGGCAACGGUGCUGGCGGGUUUGGUAACACAGGAAAGGGCCAGGACUGGACGCCCAACUCGCGAGCAAAGAGGAAGUUAUGA